UAGACAUGAAGUACCUAACAGGUUGUCUUUUGCUGAUUAUUGCCUCUGCUUUGGCCCAAGUACCUCCUGGUGAAAGUAAUGUUAAUCAUAACGUAAUAACUAUUGACCACCCAAAACCAUAAAUUAUUGUGAAACAAUUUCAAUAAAAUGUCUACUUAUAUGAUUUA